AGCCCAGUUACCCAUCUCUGCCUUUAAAAGUCAAAACUCUUUUAACCUCGAAAUUAAUAAUGUUUUUUUAAUUAAAUUUUUUACUGUAGAGAAAACAGUUAUAUCACAAUUUUACUUGCAAUUUUUUAUUUAAAUAGAUUUUAACUUUGAAUUUUAAAAAGAAAAAAAUAAAUAUUCACUAUACUUAUUUCUUUUUUUAUCUUUUGUAAGCAAUUGUUCUCACAGUUUAGCUGGUUUAAAUUUUAUUAUUUGUUUUUAAUAGUUUUGUAAACAAUGCCCGAGUGUUUUAGUCCAUUUGUAUUUUGGGCCCAAACAUCAGAACAUAUUUCGCUUAAAAUCGACCUUAACAAUGCAAGGAAUGUUAAUGUUGAAAUUGAGGAAAAAAGAUUGAAAUUUUUUGCUCAUGGACGAGGUGCAAGGGGUCCUAACGAUUAUGGUUUUAGUCUCGAUUUUCAUUCAGCUAUCAAUCCUGAGGAAAGCAACUAUAAAGUUAUUGAUCGACAAGUUGACUUUGUCUUGAUAAAAGAAACAAAUGGUUGGUGGCCACGAUUAACUAGCCAACCGCAAAAACCAUCAUGGUUAAAAAUUGAUUUUGAUAAAUGGAAAACAGAAGAUAUUGACGAUAAUGACGAUGAGAAACGUGACGUUCAACAAGAUUAUCCCGAUAUGUAUGACAAAUUACACAAAGAGGAAUUUGGCUACAGACGAGAGGAUUAUAAGAAGGUUUAUCUUAUAUUUUAUAAUCUAAGUCAAUUUAUUGGAUAUUUUUAUAUUCUUUCUGUGAUGGGUAUAAAAUAUUCACGUGAUGGUCCAGAUUCAAUGAAAGACACAUAUCAAAUAGUGGGAAGUAUAAUGAAAUUUGUGCAAAUUCUCCAAUAUCUAGAAGUGAUGCAUCCAAUAUUUGGUUACGUAAAGGGAAAUGCAUUUAUACCAUUUCUGCAAAUAUCAGGUCGUACAUUUGUUCUUUUUUGUAUGAUAGAGGCCGAGCCAAGAAUGCAAACUAAACCCGUUGUUUUUUAUGUUUUCGUUGUAUGGUCAGUUAUUGAAAUUGUUCGAUAUCCAUAUUAUUUGAGUCAAUUGUUAAAUGUUGAAAUAACAAUUUUAACAUGGAUGAGAUAUACAAUGUGGAUACCGCUUUAUCCACUUGGUUUUCUUUGUGAAAGUAUUAUUAUUCUUCGUAAUAUUCCAUAUUUUGAGGAAACAUUAAAAUUCACCGUCUCCAUGCCAAAUAGUUGGAAUUUUGCUUUUCAUUUUCCAAGUGUAUUGAGAAUUUAUCUUCUUGUUUUGUGUUUACCCGGUAUGUAUACUAUGAUGAAACAUAUGAGGAAUACGAGAUUGAAAAAACUCGGUGCCUCAAGAAGAAAAGUCAAAUAAUUUAAUUCAAAAUAUGGAGGAGAAAUAAUUUAUUCAUUUCUAUAUAUUUAUAAAAAUAUUGUGGAAAAAGUAAGACUCGCUUUUUAAAAAGUGUAUCUUUAAAAAUAUCUUUUAAAAAACUAUUUUUCCUACAAUAUUUUUAUCGUAAGAAUCUUAUAUAUAUAUAGGUAUAUAUAAAAGUCAUUACUUAUAGCAUUUUUACAUGCACUGCUUGAAAAUGUUUUUUGAUAUCAAAUUUUUAUGUGGAAAUAUUUAUUAACUCUUUCAGAAACCGGUGUGUAGGUAUUAAUUUUUUCUUUCAAAUUUUUUGUGUAUUGAAAUCACAAACUCUUUUAUAAAUCAAAAAAAAACCUUUAUAGAUUUAAAAAAAUUAAAUUUUUUUUUACAUUUAAUUUUGACGAAAAUA